ACUUUAGGAUGUCAUGAAAGACGUAAAACAUUCCAAGAAGAAAUGCAUUAAAAUUGACAAGCCGGCUGUAUGCCAAAAAUUACUACAGAAAGGGAAGAAAUAUAGAUUAAUUUGUGAGCCAGAAGCUGAAGUAACUCCAGAGGAAAUUGAAUUUGUUGAUGGAUCGCUGUUGAAACUAAAAAGUUACAUUGAAGUCUAUUUGGAGAAACCCGAUGACUUCACCUUGUCUUUGGUUGAGCUGGAAUCUGAGGCGACUGUAUGGAAAGCAAAACUAAGAGAGAGUGACUGGAUAUAUUACGAUCAGAACAAAAACGAGCAGAGAAGAAGUGAAGUCGGUGCCCACAAACGGAAAACAGCCCUCAGCACUUCGGAAGAAGACAAGCUCUGUAGCAAAAAACAAAAGACCAGCAGUACUGCAGAUGGAAUCGAAACCAAAAAAUUAACCGAUCAACAGCUGAUGGUGAUCGCAAAGUUGUUCGGUAGGCAGUGGAAAGAAAUUGCCAUUGAGUGUCUCCAGAUGGAAAUGAGAGACAUUGACCAGAUUCAGGCAACGGAGGAAGAAGUUAAUAUGCAAAAAUUUCUGGUGCUAAGCAAGUGGAGAGACAGGGAAAAAAGCAAUGGUACCGCAGAAGCUUUGUACAGAAGUCUUUGUGAAAAAGUGUCCUAUGAGAUACUGCAAGCCCUAGAAGGUUUCUCAGCUCAGCGCUGAGCUGGUGAAGCCACAGCUCGAAGGAGUGUGGUGGGAGCUUCCCUGGCCAGCCGUUAACGCUUCUCCGGCCUCUUCCCCGGCAUCUGGCUGAGCUUUGGGAAGGAGGAUGCAAGGCAUCAUCACUCCGCGGAAAGUUUAGGCAGGAUCUUCGCAAGAAACGUGAAUGAAAUUUUGCGCUGGUAUCACCUAAGACUUUCAGGAGCAAUUACUCACGCGGUGGAUUCCGGUGUCGUGGCCGGGAGUGCCGGGCUUCGCGUACGGGGAAACCCAACCCCCCCCACCCAGCUUUGUCCCAUUUGAGCCAGUUCUAAAAGACAUGAACACUGGAAGAAACCAGUUCACCUUGUUCAGGUACAUGACUGUUAUCUGGAAACGCUUUUAUUUACAUCAGGGAAAGACAGGGAGACAAGUUAUGCAGAAACUUUCGUCCCCUUAAAAAAAAAAACAAACACAACAUUGAUCUGCCAAAAUCAUGAGGUGCGUUGUAUUUCUCACAGAUGCCCAAGAUCAGGGAAGAAUAAUCCUAAACUUGCAGAUAAAUUCCUUUGCGAAAUCACUGCAUGUAUACAUAAUGACUGUAUAUACUCGUGGACAUUCAAUCUUUGAUAAGCUGUGGUUCUGUUUUCUCAAAACCCGAAGACUGAUUUCCUGGGAGCACCACUAUUAACUCCAGGCAGCUUUGAAUUUUCUCUGGGAAUUUCUUCUUCACUCUUUUCUGUACAGUCUGUCUCAAUUUUUAUGUGAUAGGUUUUUUUUAUGUGUAUAUAUUUUUUUUUUUACGUAUUAUAAACUUUUUAAUACUUUUUUUUUUACUUGAUUAAUUUUAACUUGAAUAGAAUUAGGUGCUUAGGCUGAAAUGGAAAAAGCGAGAAUUUCUGCAAAGGCUGUUGCUCAGUUGGCAAUGAUCUUACUACAGAAUUGGAAAGGAUUUGGAAAUAAGCAGCCCGAUGUGGGUUUUUUAAAGAUACAGGAUUCUUUUGAUCAUCUUCCUCCGAAUGUGUUUAUGAAAGAAAAGGCAUACUUUUAAAAAAUCAGCAUUAAA